GUCAUACAACAACAAGCUUACUAAGCGGAAUUAAAAACAGCGUGUUAGGAAUAUUGCAACUAUGGAGAAGUGGCUGGCCGAUUCUUUCAAAAAACUUUUAGAGGAUGAUGCCCUUACCGACUGCACUGUGAUCGUCGAGAAUAAAAAAUUCCGAUGCCACAAAGUGGUUCUAGGCAUUUCUUCCGAGUGUUUCAGACGCGCCUUUCAGACUGGUUUCAUUGAGGCGGAAACCGGGGAACUAACCCUGACCGACGUCUCUGCGGAAAUUUUCGAAACAUUCAGGCUUUAUCUUUACACCUACGAUCAGGACAUUAUACGCGGAUCCAGCAACUCGGAUAUUAUAAAGUUGAUGAAUUGCGCUGACAUGUGGAUGGUCCAACCGCUCAGCAAAGUCUGCGUAGAAAUUGUCCGAGCCAGACUGCAGAAUAUGAAAUUUGUGGACUUGUUACUAUAUUUUGAGCAUGUGCAAGGUGAACAAUUUUCAGAGCUUCAAAUUUGCAUCAGCCAUUGGUUGAAAACAAUAAUAGAAUGCGAGGAGAUACCCCAAGAGGCUUACGAACUAGGCUCAGAAGCGUUCAGAAGGUUUUUAAAACUCAUUAAGGGAUCUAUAUCAGAAAGAAAACUUUAUGAUAUGGUGGAAAGAUAUGUGGGUAUUAAAGGAAUUUUUGUACAUCAAAGUGAAUAUAAGAACUGGAAAUUCAACGAAUUAAAAGACCCAAGCAAAAACGACUUGCCAGCAUCUGAAACCGAAAAUACCAAUCAAAAUUAUGUAAAGGAACUACUAAGCAUGAUCGACUAUAAAGAAAUGACAAUCGAUGAGUUCUUUGAGGGGCCUGGAAGAUCCAAAUAUAUUACCUUUCGGGACAAGUACUUUUUUAUGCACCAAAUAGCCAAAACAACGGAAAACAACAAACCAAGAUCACCCCUGUCGGUUUCUAUGACAGGGGCGCAAAGAGGAAGGCAUUUUUUACCCCUGGAAAUCGGCGCACAGAGGAGGGCAAUUUUUACCCCUGGAAAUCGACGUUAGAUGGAUUGAUGAAAUGUACACCAGCCCACUUUGAUAUAUUGGCUUUUACCUACCCUAUGAAUGUCGGUAAAUUAUUAGCAAACUUUUUAAUUGCUCUUUCUUACAAAAUUAGAAAGACAAAAUAAAACAAGAAAAUUUA